GAUUACCAUGGAAUUGCAAAAGGACCGAGCCAGCUGGUUGGCUUCACUUUCUCUUGCUUUGCUUCUCUGAUAUCUCCUUCCCCUUCCCCUUCCCCUUCCGCAACCUCGGCGCCUCGUAUCUCUCUCCGUCGUGGUUGCUCGUCUCCAUCUCCCUCUCCGUCGUGGUCGUAGUUUCGCGUCUCUUUCUUUUCCGUCUUUCCCUUCGGGUUAAGCUCACCGAGUCUCUUCUGUCGUGGUCGCCGUCGUCUCUCUCUCAUAGUGAAGCUCGUCUACUCGUUCUCAGUUUUGCAUCUCGGCAUCUCCUCCGUUCUGUGAUGAGGGGGGUGAAGGCAAUUUAUGGUUUCCUUAAAACCAUUGAUUCGUUAUACGCUGGCCAAAUGUGCAUUACUCAAUCAUUGAGCCACCUGGCGACUCGUUUCUCUCUUUAUACGUCUCCCCUUGAGCCCCGGUAUCAUGCUUUUCAUCCCUCUUGCUUUAAUCAAAAGCUCUACUUAUCAUCAAAACCUGACUCUGUUGUGGAGCUUCUUUUAGCCAACGAUUGGUCUGAUGGGUUGGAAGGUGAGUUACAGAAAUCUUGCCCCUCUAUGACGCAUGAAACUGUUGUAUACAUUUUGAAGAAACUUGAAAAAAAUCCGGAAAAAGUUUUUGGCUUCUUCAACUGGGUUAACAAUAAGAACUUGUUUAUAACAAGUUCGUCAAUGUAUAGCUUACUGCUUAGGAUUUUAGCGACAAAGCAGACCAUGAAACAAUUCUGGAUAACCCUAAGGGUGAUGAAGGAGAAAGGCUUUUUCAUUGAUCAGGAGGCUUACGUGACAAUUUUAAGGACUCUUAAGAUGGCAAAGAUGGAGGGUGAUUCUGUUGCUCUUACCCACUUCUAUAAUCGGAUGAUGCAGGAAAGUGCAAUGGGAAAUGUUGUUGCUAAGGUGGUUGAUGUCAUUUCAGGAUCAGAAUGGACUCCUGAGGUUGAGAACGAUCUGGCAAGACUUAAAAUUCUGCCGUCUGAUAAUUUUGUUUUAAGGGUCUUGAAAGAACUUCGGCAUUGCCCUUUAAAAGCCUUCAAAUUCUUUCAUUGGGUUGGGAAGGGCUCUGAUUAUGAGCACAACUCAGUGACUUAUAAUGCAGUUGCUAGAGUUAUUGCAAGAGAUGAUUCAAUUGAGGAGUUUUGGAGUAUCAUUGAGGAGAUGAAGAGUGGGGGUCAUGAAAUGGAUAUUGAUACUUAUGUAAAAAUAUCUAGAAAUUUUUUAAAGAACAAGAUGAUUGAGGACGCUGUUAAGCUUUAUGAGCUUAUGAUGGAUGGCCCAUAUAAGCCAUCUACUCAGGAUUGCAGUGUCCUUCUAAAGUGCAUCUCUGGAGGUGAUCCUCCAAAUUUAGAUUUAGUGGAUCGAGUGGUGAAAAAAUAUGCGUCUUGCGGGCAUACACUUUCCAAGGCAAUCUACGAUGGUGUCCACAGGUCACUGACAGGUGCUGGGAAAUUUGAUGAAGCUGAAAAGAUCAUUGAGGUUAUGCGAAAUGAUGGCUAUGAGCCUGAUAACAUCACCUACAGUCAAUUGGUUUUUGGACUUUGUAAAGUGGGAAGACUUGAAGAAGCGUGUAGAGUGCUGGAUGAGAUGGAAUCUUGUGGAUGCAUUCCUGAUAUCAAGACUUGGACUAUUUUGAUCCAAGGGCAUUGUGCUGCUAAUGAAGUUGAAAAGGCCUUACUUUGUUUUGCAAGGAUGAUUGAGAAGGGCGGUGAAGCAGAUGCUGAUCUAUUGGAUGUUCUUGUUGAUGGUUUUCUCAAUAAAAAGAAAAUAGAUGGUGCAUACAAUUUGCUUUUAGAGAUAGUUGGUAAGUGUCAUGUAUCUCCCUGGCAAGCUACAUACAAGAAGCUGAUUAACAAGCUAUUAGAGGUCAGCAAACUUGAUGAGGCACUAGAGCUUCUUCGUUUGAUGAAGCAACAUAACUUCCCUCCAUUUUCUGAACCCUUUGUGAAGUAUAUCUCACAGGCAGGAACUGUAACGGAUGCUGAAGAAUUUCUGAAGGUAUUGAGUGUGAAAAAUUACCCGUCCUCUUCAACUUACCUUCACAUAUUUGAGUCCUUCUUCAAAGAAGGCAGACAUUAUGAGGCCAAAGAUCUGCUUUACAAGUGCCCUCCACACAUACGUACGCACAAUAAAAUUUGCGAACUUUUUGGUUCUGCGAAGAGUAGCACAACUGCUUCUGCAUCCCUAGAAAAAUUUUCCGCAGCAUGUAACAAACUUUCUUCAGAUAAAGAUUGUAAUCAAAUUUGAUCAAGUUGGAUGGAUCUUAAUGUUAUAUAUUUUUCCUGUUGGAAAUUCACGAAGACAUGACGUGAUGAUGGUAGGCGUCGUUGAUGAGUUGCAAGAGGCGGUGAGGUAUCACUAAUGCUGUUAACGGCAAUUUUCUUCUUAAGGUUCCUGUUACAACUCGUGUACACUCGUAAAUAAAUUGGACGUAGAAGCUUGUGAAAUUACGUAAGAAAUAAAUUGUAAGGGGGAUGUAUUUCACUCUAAAUUAGUUCAACUUAAAAGCUUUUCUAUGAUA